UCCCGUUUAGAGGAAAGUCGUGGUUGUGAACGCGGGCAACGUAUCAGAUGACGAUGACCUGCGAGAUCCCGGUGUGGGUGAACGGCGUGGAGAAGUGGGUGACGGGCGUGGGCCGGCGCACCACCUGCGCCGACCUGGUGCGCGCCCUGCUCACCACCGAGCUCAGCGCCGAGCCGCCCUCCGAGGCCGAGCUGCGCGCGCACGGCCUGGUCGAGCGCUGGCGCCAGGUGGAGCGGCCACUGGACGCCGGCGCGCGCAUCCAGAAGGUGUGGCGCACCUGGGGUCAGGACACGGCCGACGUGCGCUUCACGCUCAAGCGGCUCAGCCCGCUGACGCCGAAGGAGGUGAAGACGCCGCGGCGGCGGCACUCGCGCCACCGCUGGCGCAGCUCCAGCAGCCUGGAGGCGGUGCACCCCCGCAAGCUGGCGCCGAAGGCCGACGCCGAGGGUGCGGCGCGCCCCGACGUGGUCGAGCGGCUCAUGCAGACGAUCCUGGUGCAGGGCGAGACGAUCGCGGCACAGCUGCGCCGGCUGCACGAGCGCGAGGACCUGAUCGGCUACUACGAGCACAAGAUGCACCGCAUGAGGGAGGACCGGCUCGGCUCCGACUACCUGCUCCGCACGUACCUCCGCGACGGCGAGCCGGCCGAGGCGGAGAAGGCGAGUCACGACAGCGGUGUGGGCGCCGAGCUGGGCGCCGACGCCGGCGACGCGCCGCGUGACGUCAGCGAGGAGGAGGCCGUCUCCGACCUGCGCCAAACGCUGCAAUACCUCGAGCGCAUCGUGGAGCUCAACGGACGCAUCGCCGAGCGUGAGGAGGCGGCGCUGCGGCUGGGCCAGCGCGCGCGCCGCGCCACGGCCGAGAUCGAACAGAACGAACGCUCACUUAUCGAGUGCGAGCGCGCGCUCGAGGACAAGCGCCGCUUCGUGCGCUACCUCGAGUACGAGCUGGAUGAGGCGGACGCGGACGAGCAACGGCUGUUGGCGGACGAACAGCGGAUGCUAGAGGACGAGCGCCUCAGCUCGUUACACAGCAGCAGCGACGAGGCGGCGGCCGGCUACGUGCUGGACACGCUCGUGUAG